AUGCCUCUCAUCAACACCACAGAAGUCAACGAGGACACUCGUGUCCUUGGAUACGACCCAUUGCUGUCGCCGCAAUUCCUCCAGACUGAGAUCCCUGCUCCUGCCCGUGCCACCGAGACCGUUCGCUCUGGUCGUAACCAGGCAGUCGAGAUUAUCGAGCAGCGCGAUGACCGUCUACUGGUCGUCGUUGGACCCUGCUCCAUCCACGACCCGGACACUGCCCUCGAGUACGCCCGUCGCCUGAAGGAACUCUCAACAAAAUUGGAGAAGGACCUCUGCGUCAUUAUGCGCGCCUACCUGGAGAAGCCCCGCACAACAGUCGGCUGGAAGGGUCUGAUCAACGACCCCGACAUCGACGAGACCUACAACAUCAACAAGGGUCUCCGCGUGUCCCGUAAGCUGUACACCGACCUGACCAGCACCGGUCUGCCCAUCGCCAGCGAGAUGCUGGACACCAUCUCCCCGCAGUACCUGGCGGACCUGAUCUCGCUGGGCGCGAUCGGCGCCCGCACAACCGAGUCCCAGCUGCACCGCGAGCUGGCCUCGGGUCUCUCCUUCCCCAUCGGCUACAAGAACGGCACAGACGGCAACCUGACCGUGGCCGUGGACGCCAUCGGCGCCGCUUCGCACCCGCACCGCUUCCUCGGUGUGACCAAGCAGGGUCUGGCCGCCAUCACAAAGACUUCUGGCAACGAGCACGGCUUCGUGAUCCUGCGCGGCGGCAACAGGGGCACCAACUAUGACCGGGCCAGCAUCAAGACUGCACGCGAGGCCCUCCGCGCCAAGAAGCAGCGUGAGGUCCUCAUGGUCGACUGCUCCCACGGCAACUCCAACAAGAACCACCUCAACCAGCCCAUCGUGGCCAAGGAGGUCUCCGACCAGCUCCGUGAGGGCGAGUCUGGUAUCAUUGGUGUCAUGAUCGAAUCCAACAUCUACGAGGGUAACCAGAAGGUUCCCCCCGAGGGACCUGCCGCUCUCCACCGUGGUGUCAGCAUCACUGAUGCUUGCAUCAACUGGGAGAUGACGGUUGAUGUUCUGGAGGAUCUGGCCGAUGGUGUUCGUGCACGUCGUGCUGCCCGUAAAGCCGGUGCCAACGGCUCGCAAUAA